AUGGAAACCGGGAAACGCAAAAAAUGGGUCUGUCGCACGUGCCGAUUGCGUGAAAGCAGAUUAGGCGUCAGCGAGGAGGCUGCGUCAGCAUCGCAAGAAGAUACCGUGUCCGCGCAACUUGCCGCAAUAAGCCAAAAACUUGAGCUUCUUCACACUUUGAAAGCAAACGUGGACCGGCUCUGUGACCUCCCGGCAAAAGUAGACGACCUUUUGUUAUUGAAGCCAUCUGUUGAUGCAAUGAAGGUAACGAUCUCGAGUCUUCAAGAUUCUGUUCGCAAAUGUGAAUCCAUGAUGAAGCUUGUUCAGCAGAACGAUCAAGAAGUAAAACUACUGCGAUCAGAAGUUGGAGCGCUACAAGCCACAGUAUCCAAUCAAACUUCUAUGAUCGAACAACUACAGACAAACCUAAACUCCACUGAACAAUACAGUAGGAGGUGCAACAUGGAAAUUCAUGGCAUUCCUAUCAUAGAUGACGAAGAUGUGAAGGUAGUUAUCGAAGACCUUGCCGAGAGACUGAACAUCGGUAGACACCAUCCUGCCGAAGUGGUGGCUUGCCACCGCCUGCGCUCGAGGCGCGAGGGGGCGGCCCCCAUUUUGGUUCAGUUCUCCUCGACGUCUAAAACUGUCCUGUACAGUCAUUACACGAUGCGUAAAUUCACGUUUAUAAAACCAAUAUACUGCGAGUAA